GACAAUUACAUGGAAGAGGCCCUGAAAGUGAGAAACUUGCUUCAAGAAUUUCUUAAAAGGCACGACGUGCGGCAUCCAUCGAUUCUUGGUUUGAGGGAACAUAUCUUUACUGGAAGUGUUUCUUCUCUUGCCUGGUUUAUGUCGAAUCAAGAGACAAGUUUCGUGACUAUUUGUCAGAGAUUGUUUGCCAACCCUCUUAA